AGAGAUGGAUGUUCAUCUCCCACCGAGAUGCGAUGCCAGCAAAACAAGCUCCAUCCCGCCUGAGUGACGUAUCACCGAGUCUGGCCAGGCAGAACAAUUGACCACACCAGCUUCCCUGGUCAAUCAGUUUCCCAGUCAGGGCUGGUGAACUUUUCCUCCAGACAUGACAAGCGUUGGGCAGACCUGAAUGAGACACGGAAGACCAAUCGGUUGCUGCCAGACGACGUCAUGGUCUGGAGAGAUUGAUCACGUUCUCACAUUAUGAGCAAGUUAUACAUGAGGCAAGGGGCAUCCAACGGUGAAGGCGCACUCUGAGUUGUUAUUAUUUAAAUGCGGUCUCGUCCCUGAGUCGCUCUCUUUUCCGUCGUUUCUUCUCCAGAUAAUAAGCUUCUGUCAUCCAGAUAACCUCAGCCUAAGGCACUGCAUUGAAGAUCAACUCCACGAAGCCUACUCUUACUCCAAUUUCACUCCACCAAUACCAUCAUGCCUGUCCUCUCACGCUUGGUGUCGAUUAUUCUCCGCGUAGCCGAGGUCGUCUUUGGUGCUGUUGUUGCCGGCAUCGUCGGUUGGUUCCUUCACACUUUUGAUGACAUUGAUGUCUGGCCCAAGCCACGAUGGAUCUACACUGAAGUGAUUGCUGCAAUAUCCAUAUUGUUCGGCCUAGUAUGGCUAAUACCAUUCUCGUCGGGGUUCUUUACAUGGCCGUUGGAUUUGCUUAUUUCAUUUGCAUGGUUCGCCGCCUUUGGAAUACAAGUCGAUGCCAACAGACGACUCGGCUGCGGUAGCAUUUGGCAUUGGGGCUCUAUAACAGACAACACGUGGUGUGGCCGUUGGAAAGCCUCGCAGGCAUUUAGCUUCCUUUCAGCUAUUGUCUGGAUUGCCUCUGCGCUUGUGGGCAUCUGGUUUACAUUCCGCGUCAGGAGACAUGCAACUGACCGAGUUGGUAGUCGCUAUCGUGUUUAAAUCGACGUUGUGCCCUUUUUACGAUGUCAAAUUCACUCGUUAUCCUGAUGGCGAACGUUUCGCGUUGCGAGAGACCCUAGAACGAUAGGGCUGCACGUUUUCUUUUCGUUGCCUAUAAUUUCAAUCCUUCCAUUUGGCAAUCAGCUUGUCUUGCGGUCCAUGAUACAUGAUAUGACGAUACAAUGAUUUGUUACGAAGUAAUUGACUCGAUGCUAAUACCCCCAGUAUGCUAUGAAGCCGUUGGCAUUGCCCCUACCAGUCCUUAUGUUCUUCUCACUCAGUAAUUAAUACGAUAGUCAAUCUAUUACUUACUUGGAAAUAUAAUUUUUAUUUUCUUC